CAUAACUCCGGGUAAAUCUUUUGGUGAUUCAACGCAUGCGCGGUAUGUGUUGGAAGCAUUCGAAAACAGCAGCGCGAAAAAGUAGCACCGCUAUUUAGCUACAUCACUGUGUCUAGUUCAGUUUCCUCUCCAAUAAGAUAUGUGCACCAUUUGCCUUAACGUUGUGUUACCUGUGGUACGUCUAAUUUUUACUCAAAUACAAUUCAUAUAGCGCUAUAUUGUUGCUUAACUAUUAUUGUCUUAUUUAGCUGCUACUACGUUAGCUUAGCCAGACACUAUUAAGUUUGUGUUUCACAUUAACGCUACAACUGUAGCAGAUAUGAAACCCGUACGAGGUUCUCACCGGGCGGCAUCAAAAGAACCUAACUUGAAAAACAAUAAAAAGACAUAUGGACGAAAGGACGAAACAAAAAAGGGGACGAAACGACAAGCAGCGGAGUUUCAGGAAAAGAAGCUCAGUGGCAAUAACAAUGGCAAGAACGCCCACCUGAGAGCAGAACAGAAGAGAAAAGAUGAAGGCCUGUCUUCCGUCCGCAACAAAGUCAAAGGUCAGGAAAAAUGGGCACUGAUACAGAAGUCCUCUGUCACUGCUCUGGAGGACAUGAUCGACUUUGCACUACUAGCAACUCUUGCAUGCAGAAGGGCUGACAAGAAGGAGAGCCAGGAACAUCUGAACAUUCUGAAAAACAGGCUUGUUGGUCACUGUGCGCAGCUCAAAGUUCCAGUGAAGAAACAGAAACGUUUGGGGUAUUCAACCCUACUCUACCAGGAAGAGAGCAAGAAGGCAGUGGUUGGAAAGAAGACUUUGAGCACCCUCGAGAAAGACUUCAGUGCUGUGGUUAGUGCUCUGGAAAGUGCAGAGCGGCAAACUGUCUCUUUACAGUUCACAUGCAGUACACUGAGAGACAAGGUGACAGAAGAGGAAGAUAAGGCUAAAGAGAUCUUACAGAUAACCGAACAAGCUGUGCUCAGUCUCUCCCCACUUGUGCCACAAAAAGAUGAAACAACGUUAGACGCUCGGCUGAUAAAAAUUAUACCAGAAAGUGACUCUGAGACCGCGGCCCGGAAACUGGGAGAAAUCCUACAGAAAUCCAAGGCUGUGCAGGAUGCCCAGGCGCUGCUUCUAGAGGCACACAAACAUGCUGAUCAGCUGUUCAACCCUGAUUUUAUCCUAGUCAUGGGUGCACCUGGUUCAGAGGAAAACUAGUAAAAUCUCUCCUUAUACAGGUUGGACUUUUUUUUUUUUAUAUAUAUCAAAUUUAUAGGUAUAAGAUGUUUGCAGGCAUGACACAUAGUUAGACAGACUGGUUUGGAAAUCUUAGUUGUAAUGUUACUCAGUUUGACUUUUUGUGGUUGUGGAGCACCGGCAAUAAUCAAAUGCAGCCACUAUGUGUGAGAAAGAGUUAUAGAACUGGUAUAAACAGUAGUAUUUAAAAACAUAAAUUAUAAGAAAAGAAAAAGCAAAAAAAAAAAAUCAUAUGUAGGUU